AUGCAGUGUGCUGCCUUCAAUGACAGACCGCUGGUGGCUGGAAACUCCUCCCAGUGGACCACGUUUCAUGGAGGCUCCAACCCCUGUGAGCUGAGCUGCCUGGCGCUCGGUCACAACUUCUACUACAACUUUGGCCGCGUGCUCGAUGGCACGGCGUGCAACACGGAGCCCGGAGCCGUGUGUGUCAACGGCCGCUGCCUGCGAGCGACAAAUGAGAAGCAUCAGAACAAACGUCAGCCUUUCUCUGUGUGUCAGCCUCCUGCGCCGCGUCCCUCCGGCGAGGCCUCGCGCGCCCGGCGGCAGCCGCUCUUCCGGAACGAGUGGGCGGCGUGGAGCGGCUGGUCCGUGUGCUCGCGGAGCUGCGGCAGCGGCGCCUCGGUGAGGACGCGCACCUGCAUCACCAGGAACCCAGCGGGGGGGCCGUGCUCAGGAGAUCCCAGACAGUACAGGAUCUGCAACACCAAGGAGUGCCCCCCCAGCUCAGAGGAUUUCAGAGAGAUGCAGUGUGCUGCCUUCAAUGACAGACCGCUGGUGGCUGGAAACUCCUUCCAGUGGACCACGUUUCAUGGAGGCUCCAAACCCUGUGAGCUGAGCUGCCUGGCGCUCGGUCACAACUUCUACUACAACUUUGGCCGCGUGCUCGAUGGCACGGCGUGCAACACGGAGCCCGGAGCCGUGUGUGUCAACGGCCGCUGCCUGAAGCCCGGCUGUGACUCCAUCCUGGGCUCAGAGCAGCGUGAGGACGCCUGCAUGGUGUGUGGAGGACUAAACACCACCUGCCUGCACCACAGGAGCGUGUACCAGAGCAGCCGUCAGGAGGCAGGUAGGAUCACAUCACCUCCACCUUCUGUGGCAGCGGCUCCACAUCAAGCACGCCCCCCGGGGGGACGCUUCCCCGACGUUAUUAGUCAUUUCGAGUUUGGACCGAGACGGCAUUGUUCGCCGAGGGGACUGAGAGGUAGCCACGGCAACCGUACGCGCCGUAAAAAACCCGUUGGCCGCCGUCCAGGAGCAGAUUCAGCUCAACAACACCCUAUGAACCCUGAAGAACACCACCCAAAUCUUUCCCUCCUCUCACGUCCAGCCCUCCAGAACGGUCGCUCCCAGUUUGUGAUCAACGGUAAUUGGAAGAUCAACAUCCCGGGCGAGUACAGCGUUGCCGGGACAAAGCUGCUGUACCGGCGCUCGGCGGACACCUGGGAGAGCUUUGAGGUACCAGGACCGACCCAGGAAGACCUUCAUCUAAUGGUGCUGGCGACAGACAGGAACCCGGGCAUCGAGUACGAGUACUGGCUCCCACCAGGCAAAUACGCCCUGCACCACGGGAGGAGUCCACUACGGGAAGCUCAGCACUCUGCCAACUACCUCCCCUGGGAUCACCCCACCCCCACCACCAGCACCACCACCACCAGCACCACCAGCAGGCCUCCUCCCGUCACCACCAGACCCCACUGGUAUUUAAGGCCCUUGAAGCCGCCACACCAAUCCCCCCCCCACAACCGCCCCCAGCAGCCCAUCCUGCCCCGUCCGGAGCGGGAGGAGAACCACAGGAACCUCCUGCCUCAGCCUCCCCCUAGAAGGCAUUGUGGGAAGUGUCGGCGGGUCAAAGGUCGAAGGGAACGCCAGAGACAGUAUUGCCAGAAGGACUUUGUUUUCCGAGGCCGAGUCCUCGGGAAGCUGUACCGAGGCGAGGAGACGCGCUACGACGUCCAGAUCCUCCACACCUACCGCAACGGCUUCCGCCUGGAGCACCGGGAGUUCCUGUGGGUCCCCAACGUGUGCGACUGCCCCCGCCUGCAGGAGGGCCGGCAGUACGUGCUGAUGGUCCGCCGCCACAUCAACCACGAGCGCACGCUGAACCGCAUCCUGCUGGAGGAGGACGGCUACGCCGCGCCGUACCGCCCCCGGGAGGACGCGCUGCUGCGGCCCCUCCACAGGCUCUGCAGCAACGCAGGACGCCAACAAGCCGCGGAGCCCACGGGAUGAGCGUGUGCGUGUGCGUGUGCGUGGUAUUCACGCCCAGCACGUCAUUUCUGGACCUUUUAAAAACAUCCCCGGACUCCCGUUGGUUUCGUCCUCGUUAAGAAGCCACACUUAUUUAAAACCAGCUUCCUGUAUCGUGUAGAGCACUUUAGGUGGAUGCUUUCAUCCACCUUUAAAACGAACACCAAAGAGCGUUUACUGAAAUGGCCUUUUUGUUAUUGCGUUUUUUCCACAGCUGUCAUUUUACCUUUUUUUAAAUUUUUAUAUUACUGUAUUUGUGUGUAAACUAUUUAGCUAAAAACAACUGAUGAAUAAGUUCCUCAUUCAAAUUACUAUCUGCGACAUGUAAAACAGGAAGACGGAAACACGCAUAUCAGUAGCUUUGGAAUAUUUAAACCAGCUGCACCAGGUACAAAAUACUUACACUUAUUUUAACAAUUUUAAAUAAAAGUCCUGCUGUGACUUCGUUAGCGUUUGUUGUGCAGUCAGACGUGGAUUUUCCCUGGAAACACAUUUCUUCACUAUAUUUAUGCAUAGAAAACGUAAGCUUAAACCACAACUCAUUAACUUGUGUUUCACUUGUUCAACGUGUCUCUUGGUGUCUGUUUAGUGGUAUUGUUGUUUGAUUGUGUGUUAAAUCAGGUCUGCUUUGUGAUACUUUACGUGAAAGAGAUUAUAAAAUAUACAGUAUUUUAUUGCAUGGCACUGAUUAGCUACACGUAUACUAAAGUAUAAUUUGACUGUUGUUCUUUUGAGAAAAUGGCCAGUUAACCGCCUGUGUUUUUCUUUUUCUUUGACAUUUAACAAACCUCAUCUACGUGUGACAAAAAUAUGUAUAUGUACAUUGUGUUCAGAGUGAAUGAAUAUAACGACCAACUCUUCUAUGCAAAACGUUCACAAAAACCAACAAAGCCGACAGCGGGACAGCAGCGUUUUUAAGAAAACAAUGUAUUUACAAAAAAAAGCACAUAUGCAACAAAGAAAACACUGAAUAUAAACUACAGAUGAUGUAUUUACUUCAUGACCGAGCCGCUGCUCAUCAUGAAAUCAUUAUGAGGAAGUCAUCGCAGUCAGUCGCAGGGUCCCUCAACAUCAACAUCAACGUGUGAGGGGCUACUUUUAUUUGCUAUUAAUCAUUUUUCUACUUUUUUAAUUUCACAGCCGGGUGUUGCCUCGGCCAACGCGGCUCACAGGAAUUCGGGAAAUGACUCCGACCUCUCAGCGUAAAUUGUUAAAGCUUUGUGUCCGCACAGCUUUUCCCGCCUGGACAGCAAAACCACGCUGUACGUUUUCAGGGGAAAUAUCUUCAUUUGGCUGAAAGUAUGUUUGCAAAUUAAGUGACCCAAAAUUCAAACGAAUAAAAUAACUCCUUGUCUGAA